UCCGCGCCCGUCGCCUUCUCUCUGGCUCAGCCCGGGUCGCGCGGGCGCGCCUUCCCGCGCAUGCGUAAUACCGGCGGUGAGGGCGCGGUCGCGCGCCCAGGGGGCGGGGCUCCGCCGCCAUCUUGCCCCGAGCGCGGCCCCGCCGCCAUGGAGCCCAGCGGGGGGGCGCGCAGGGAGCGCCCGAAGCCGCGGGAGCCGGCGGCGCGGCUGGAGAAAGCCAAGCAGAAAUCGGCCCAGCAGGAGCUGAAGCAGCGACAGCGGGCGGAGAUUUACGCCCUGAACCGCGUGAUGACGGAGCUGGAGCAGCAGCAGUUCGACUCCUUCUGCAAGCAGAUGCAGGCGUCCGGCGAGUGAGGAUCGUGAUACCCCCCCGCCUCUGCGCGGCCGCUUUUCUAACCCCUUUUGUUAUUUAUUUACCAAAUAACCGCUCUUUUUGUCGUUGUUUUUUCUAAAAUAAAAGCUGUGGUAGUUCCA